GUUAUACCCGACCGUGUGUGUUUGGUUAGUUUAGGCACCGCUUUCACACCGGGCUUCAGGUCGUUUUCCAGGAAAAUCCAACUCCUUCCGUGGAUUCUUGCUGAUCUUCAUCACCGGGAACAACAGGCUGAGGACUUUUUAAAGAGCUGUAUUUGGUUACUGAGUAAGUGUGAGCUGGAACUGAGUCACCCGAAUUAAAGAGCAGUUCCUGAGGAUUUCUAUGAGAGUUCAUGUCCUGUGAUUCAGCCUGUACUCUGUGGCCGGUGCGUUCGAAGCAGCUUCCUCCUCUCGACCUCUGACCUCAGCCCCGUGGCAGCAGUGAUGAAGAUGAAGAUGAGGAUGAACUGCUCACACUGACGUGUGAAAGGAGGACGUAUGGACAGACAGGAAUCCUCGACAGGCAGGCGUUACCUAGCAGAAGAUUUUGGGAAUUCUUGGAAUUCCCUGUGUUAGGAAUACUGGUUCUUAAACAGAUUAAAAGUGUGAAGCUUUUAUUCCCUGAAGGAUCCUGAAAGAGAAGCUGAUAAAUAUCUCAGUUUUCUGUUCGGAGCCUCCAGAUGUUUGGUUGUUUCUGACAUCUUAUUGGAGGUUUAGGACCUCGAUCUGGGACUGCUUUCGUUUUUUUAUCACCAUCCCGCUCUCGGCUGGAGGAAAUGGAUCAAUCUCCACUGAAACGAGAACGGACGACAGGAAGUUGAUCCCUGCAGGGAGCGAGGUUGAGAGACAAACCGGGAACAUGUCGUGGAAGAGGAACUACUUUGCGUCGGGUGGCGGUGGCAGCGGCGUCAGUGGAGGCGGGGGAGGAGGAGGAGGAGGAGGCGGGACGCAGGGAAUCCUGGCCCCUCGCACCAUGACGUCCAUCGCUCCCAGCAAAGGGCUGAGCAACGAGCCGGGACAGAACAGCUGCUUCCUGAACAGCGCUCUGCAGGUCCUCUGGCACCUCGACAUCUUCCGCCGCAGUUUCCGUCAGCUGACCACCCAUAAGUGCAUGGAGGACUCGUGCAUUUUCUGCGCUCUGAAGAGCAUCUUCGCUCAGUUUCAGUACAGCAGUGAGAAAGUUUUACCGUCGGACGCUCUCCGCAGCGCGCUCGCCAAAACCUUCCAGGACGAGCAGAGGUUUCAGCUCGGCAUCAUGGACGACGCCGCCGAGUGCUUCGAAAACAUCCUGAUGAGGAUCCACUUCCACAUCGCAGACGAGACCAAAGAAGACAUCUGCACGGCCAGACACUGCAUCCCCCACCAGAAGUUUGCCAUGAUGCUCUUCGAACAGUGUGUUUGCAGCAGCUGUGGAGCCUCCUCAGACCCUCUGCCCUUCAUUCAGAUGGUCCACUACAUCUCCACCACCUCUCUGUGUAACCAGGCGGUGAAGAUGUUGGAGUCGAGGGAGAAGGCGACUCCGGGCAUGUUUGGGGAGCUGCUACGAAACGCCAGCAUGGGAGACCUGCGCAACUGUCCUAGUCAGUGCGGUCAGCAGCUCCGGAUGGCCCGCGUCCUCCUCAACAGUCCGGAGAUCAUCACCAUCGGCCUGGUUUGGGACUCGGAUCACUCGGACCUGGCUGAGGACGUCAUCCACACCCUGGGAACCUGCCUGCGCCUCGGGGACCUGUUCUACAGGGUGACCGAGGAGAAGGCUCGGCAGUCCGAACUCUACUUGGUCGGGAUGGUUUGCUACUACGGGAAGCAUUACUCCACCUUCUUCUUCCAGACAAAGAUCCGGCGGUGGAUGUACUUCGAUGAUGCACAUGUUAAGGAGAUUGGCCCCAAGUGGAUAGACGUGGUUUCCCGCUGCAUCAAAGGCCACUACCAGCCCCUGCUGCUGCUGUACGCCGACCCGCGGGGGACGCCGGUGUCUGUGCAGGACCUGCCCUCGCGCUUCGACCUCCACCACCUCAACAAGGCCUGUUACGACAGCGAAGACUCGGGCCGCGAGCCGUCGAUCUCCAGCGACACUCGCACCGAUUCGUCGACGGAGAGCUACUCAUACCGACAGCCCUCCCACUCGCAUCAUGAGUCCCUGGCCAGCCACUACUCCUCCGACUCCCAGGGAACCGUCAUCUGCACCGAACGCCCAGACGGAGCCCUGCACGCCUCGCUCUGCAGCCUGGAUACCAUAGGCCACGUGACGGACAGUGAGCAGCACCAGCCUCUGAGGAAGGGAGGCGGGGCCGGAGAUAGAAGGCGGAGCUCUAGCCGCCCCCGCCGAUCUAAACCUGACAAGGAAGCGUCGUCGGCUGGUUACCACAGUGAGGGAGAGACAUUAAAGGAGCAGCAGGUUCCUCGUCACCUCCCCAAACCUUCGUCUUCCUUCUCAUCAUCAACCAGUCGCCUGCGAGACUUCAAGGAGACCAUGAGCAACAUUAUCCACAGUCGCCCCCUCUCCUCCUCCUCCUCGACGUCUCUGCCAGCCGCCGGCUUCUCCUCUGAAGUCACCUCCCCCAGCAACAGCCACCAUCACCACCACCACCACCUCCCUCCCGGCAGCGCUGCUCCUUCCUCCUCCUCUGGUAAACCUCAGGACUGGGAGGCUGAGAGCACCAGCAGCGAGUCCAAGUCAAGCUCCUCUGGAGGAACAGGGAGGUACCGGCCGGCGUGGAGGCCUCGGAGGGAGGCGCUCAACAUCGACAGCAUCUUUAACCGCGAGAGGCGGAGACAGGCGGGGUACAGCCCCCUCGGAGCUCUGCUGCCCGACGACUGCGGAGCUCUGGACAUCUCCUCAGCCCAGGGGGAGGUGCCGGCUAUCAGGACGGGCUCCUCUUGGACUCUCCCCACCUCCUCCAUCAGCCACAGAGGAGCCGGAGACCGAUCAGGAGGCGGGAAUGAAGGUGGAGGAAGAGCUGAGCUGCCUCCUGCUCCUCCUCCCCCUCCUCCUCCUCCCAGGCUGAUUCAGAGGAUGGAGAGCGGCUACGAGAGCAGCGAGAGGAACAGCAGCAGCCCGGUCAGCCUCGACCUGAACCCAGGAGACAGGGAAUGUGCGCUGAGGAAGCCUUCGUUGUCCUCCUCUUCCUCGGGACCCUCAUGGAGGAACGCCCGCUCGAAGAGCAGCGGAGCUUUGCUGCAGGAGCUUAGCUCGUCCAGCGGGGGGAGCCUCGCGCCCUCUGCAGGCCGCAGCGAGCUGGACGAGCUGCAGGAGGAGGUGCUGAGGAGAGCGAGGGAGGAAGAGCAGCAGCGGCAGCAGGAGAAGGAGAGGGAGGUGGCGCUUGGCUUCAACCCGAGACCCAGCAAGUACCUGGACCUGGACCAGCUGCAGAUCCAGGGUAAAUCUGACAACUACGAGCGCUGUGUGUCGGACGCCGAGCUCCUGCUGGACCAGUCGGUGCGUCUGGAGCAGGCGGGCGAAGUCGCUGCCGCACUGUCAGCUGUCAACGAAGCUGUCUCCAAACUGCGGCCAGUGGCGGCUGAGGGCGGAGCUAGUACUCACAGCCGGCUGCAGCGCUGCAUGAGGAGAGCCCGCAGCCUGCAGCAACGCAUGCAACUGCAACUGCAGCAGCAGCAGGACUCAGAGGCAGGCAGAGAGAAACCACCACAGCAGCAGGAGGAGGAGGAAGGGCAGCAGCUCCAGGAACAGCACAGUGAAAAGCCUCUCUCAUGCCGAGUACUUCUGACAGAGAUGCACAGAAACCAAUCAGCUGCCACUCAGGAGCAGCAGACGCCACCUUCGCCUCCCUCCACCUGCCUCGUUAAGCCCCUCCCUCCCCAGUCCAGUUUGGUGGCUGAACCCGCCCCUCCGAGUUCACCUCGGCAGGACAGGAACAUCCUCUGUAAUGCCAGCUCCCUCCCUGCUCUGUGUGUGGACACACCUGUGGAAGACCCAGUUCCACCUCCACCUGAAGAGGCGGAGCCUUCAGUGCAGUGGACCAGAACGUCUCCUGCCUCUCUGCCUCCAGUACAAGCUCCACCCCCACCCAGGUUGUAUCCCCGAACCCCAUCACCUGUCGGGAUGGUGAACCCGGAGCCGUAUUACACCAGACAGCCACAGGCCCCACCCCCCGACUCUAGCCCCAGCCCUGUACUAGCCCCACCCCCUCCCACUCAUCCAACCAGGAACUGGUCCUGCUUACACCUGGACCAAGCUGAUGAUGUCGAUUCUCCCAGCCCACCAGUUGGCUCGCCCCUGUACUCACCGCCAGACUCCCCUGCCAUCGCCCCCACCGCGAGCCGCCUGGGUCCGCCCUCCCCCCCCCCACCCAGAGCGGCGUUGCCUGUGGAGCGCUGGGCUGAAAAUGUCAACAGGUAUUACGGCUCUCAGAGCACGGGGGGAGGAGGAGGGGACGCGACGCCUGGCGAGGAGCUUUCAGAGCUGGACUCACUGUACCAGGCCAGUCUGCUGGCUCCCAGCAUGCCCCGGGGCAGCCGAGGAGUCAGCCCUCAGCCCAGUGUCAGCAGACCAGGUGUGAGGAGGAUGCAGUCGGGACCUGGACGGUCGAAAACACCGACAGCUGAGAUCGAGAGGUACGCCUACAGAAGCCCGGCCCCAGCUCUGCAGCAGCCGCCGUCAGGCGAAGACGAGAGCUACAGCGCCGAAAACCUGCGACGCAUCGCCCGCAGCCUCAGUGGAACCGUCAUCGGGUCGCGACCCCAAAACCUCGGCCCCUCCCACAGCUGUGACCCCUCUGUGUCCAGACCCCCCCUCAGACACUCCUCCUCCUCUUCCCUCCUGCGUCACUCCAGAUCCUCCACUCUGCAUCUCCCCUCCACUGCAGAUCACUCCUCCUACCACCACCAGCCCCGACACCACGGCCCCUCUGCUCCUGCACCUUCUCCUCCCACACAGCACCCCCCCACGCAGACAUCACGGCCCCCCAGCUCAGGGCCCGCAUCCAGGGGACACUCAGGAGCUGGUGCGAGCGUCCAGCAGCAGUUUCUGGUUGUGUCUAACCGGCGUCAGACUCUCUCAGGUCAAGGCCUCCACAGCAUCCCGCUGAGUUACGGCACACUGCCUCGAGCUCCUCGCCGAGCCCCGCCUCCCUCCACCUCCUCCCUCCCCAGGCCCAGAGUCGGCACCGGUGCCGUUCCCCCUCCGGGACCGCAGAGCCUCUACGCCACCCUGCUCCGCCCUCGUCGCUCUGCCGGCGGCGCUAACAGCCAAUACGGGCAGCCAUCGCCGCCUGCUAACAUCAGCGGGUCAUCCGGCUACACCCCGCAGCUCAUCAGGUUGUCAGACGGCCCCGCCCACCCGCUCCGCCUGGACGUCCCCCCUGAGAGCGACUGGCGGCGUGAUGCCGACUACAGGACAGUCCAGCCUGGCUCCUCGUGGGACCCCCGCUCCGCUCGCCACCCACAGCCUCCUCGGCCCCGCAGGGCCCCCCAGCUCUGCUCGCUCUGCCAGCAGCUUCCUGCCGAGCCGGCGCGCUCCUGCUGCGCUUCCUGUGGCACCUACAUGGCUCAGUUCCGGCCGGCCAGCUGAUCGGAGCAAAGCUCGCCGCGGUGAGUUUUACUGCAAAUGUGACUCACUGACAUCGCAACGUGCCGACGGAUCGCCGUUCUGUCUGCACCGUGAUGAUGUCACUUUGGAGGAAAGCUCUCCGAUUGGCUCUGCAGCUUCGUCCGAGGAUCCGCACCCUGAAAACACCCAUCACGGUCCCAUUUUCAGACUUCCAUCAUGGAUCGGCUGCACUGACCUGCUCCUGCUGCUCCGGGCGCCUCGCUGAUCUCUCCCAUACAAACACGAAUGUCAGCUGGAUUCAAGCACAUCUGCAUUUCUAACAGGAAGCAGCGGAGCGACCACCUGCUGUGUGCUCAGUCCUCAGCUGUGAUUGGAUCAGUUUGCUUUUAGUCAGAUACUCUUUGUUCUUUGAGUCCUGAUCUGUAGAUUUUAGUGAAUCAUAGAGAAAUCUUUAAUUAUGGGUUGUGGGAACAUUGAGAAAUUAUAUUUCUGUAAAAAUUAAAAUGAUGCAUCUCUGCAGACCCAGACUGUCCAUAAAACUGGACGUAGUUGCUGUGACGUUAGUGGAUGAUUUUUAGAGGCUUUGUGUGACUGACGUCUGGUGCAUCCACGCGUCUCGUGUGAUAGAAGUGUUAGCGUACCAGUCAGUGCACAUGAACAUCAGCUCGUGUGUUUUCAGAGAAACAUCAUUUCAUCCAGAUGAACCUCUCAGCAUCCACCACGCCGACCCGGCGAGGGUUUGGAUUCAUUCGUCAUCACCGUCAUUAUAUUUUAGUCUGUUUGGAGGUUUUAGCUGAAAAACUGUAACACCAGUUUAAAGGUAGUGUCUGAGGUGUCAAACAUAGGUCCUGGGGGCCAGAACAGGCCCAUCAAAGGGUCCAGUCUGGACCACUUUGCAAACUAUGAAGAGGAAGGCUUAAACGUUUGGACUUUGUGACGAGGCAGAGGUCCGAGUUCCCUUCAGUUUUACAGGCUGACAGGAACCCUCGUGGCCGCCGUAAAACAUCAAAUGAAGUAAAAACGUUAAACAGACGAAACGUUUGUCGUUUUCGUGGAGGUUUCUUCGGCUGCAGAUUUGAUUUUUCAGUCUGUUAAAUGUUUUGAAAGGAGGAAACAUUUGAAGGCUCGUUACGUUUAAAUCAGGCCGUUUGAGGCCCUGACCCGGUCGCUGGUGACGGGUGGAUGUUAUGAAGGGCGCUGGCUCACGUUUGUAGGAAAUUGUUUGAAAUCUUUGUAGCUUUUCACAUCCUCAGCUCUGAUUGGAUGAGCAGCAGAUGCUGUGUUUGGCUGUGCAGGACUUCCUCUGAGCUCUCUAAAUAUCCUAUUUUUUUUUCUGUAGCUGUGCGUAGAUAAACUAACCUGAGCGUACUCACCUGUAGCCUGAGCAGGGCCGGCUCGUUUCUCUUCUGUAGAUGAUUUUAGAUGAAUAACCGCAGCUUUGUUUGAGCAGCUAAUAUUUAGCAUGUUUCCGGCUCACCUGACGCUGGUGUUCGUUUGUUGUCGUGACGACGUCUGUCAGCGCGGUGGCUCGACUGCUUUUAGUGCACUUUACAAGUGUCGACGAUAGACUUCCUUUCCCUCGUUGCCAAUUUCUUUCGGCUUCCCUCGUUUUUCCCCGCUCUGAUUGGCUCAUUAGAUUUUCUGCCAAGAAUCCAGUGCUGGCUCCGCCCACUCCGGUGGUGCAGGUGAGUUCAAACUAAAUCUGAUCUGAAGUCAAAGGUUCGAUUAAAAGCCUUGUGAUGGUUUAAGGAUCAGAGUUACUGUUUCAGAUCAGACGGAGUCAUUUUUACAUUGUGUUUGUUUCUUUUUGGGUUUUUGCUUUGCCAGGUUUUUUUUUUUGGUAUAUUUUUGAUGCUUAUUUUUCUACACUGUAGACUGAACAGAGAUGAUGAUUAAAAUGUUUAAGGAAAA